UGAAUAUGAACGGGCCUAUCGACUUAAUUUUUGGUUUGGGACUAAUUUUUAUCGCAAUUUAUGUAUACUUUAAGUACAGUUAUACUUACUGGCGAAAGAAAGGAUUUCCGUACCUCGAACCGAAGUUUCCUUUAGGCAAUUAUCCUGAAACUGGGCUACAUGGGCAAUUUAACUACAGUAUUGAAACUAAAAUAUGGUACCAACAAAUUAAAAAGUUGGGAGUAAAGUUUGGAGGAGUUUGGAGUUUUGCUAAUAAAGUCUUAGUUUUAGCAGAUCCAGAAUACAUAAAGGAUAUCUUAGUCAAGGACUUCAAUUAUUUUACUGAUAGAGAUUUCUAUCGUAAACCAAACGAACCAAAUUUGGAAAAUCUAUUCCUUGUCGGCCACCACAAAUGGAAAAAUCAAAGACAAAAAAUGUCUCCCACAUUCACAACUGCCAAAUUGAGGUUAAUGUUUGAUACUAUAGUAGAUUGUGCAGACGGUAUGGUAAAGCUAGGCGAGGAAUCUUCUGAAAAUAAACAGGAUGUUGUUAUCAAAGACCUGCUAGAAAAAUUUACCAUUGACGUUGUGGGAUGUACAAUGUUCGGACUUAAUUUUAACUGUCUACUGUCAGAAAAUCCAAAACUGAGGGACUUCUCUAAACUUGCAGGAAACCCUCCAACAAUUUUAAAGAUUCUGCUGUUGCUUACGCGAAUAUUCCCUAAACUAUCAAGCUUUUUAGGAAUUAAGACAUUUCCAGAUCAUUUGAUGAGGUUCUUCGUGGAGUUGAUGAACGAUACUGUCAGUUACCGAAAAACUAACAAAAUCAAGAGGUCAGAUUUAACACAAACUUUGAUUGAUUUAGAAGAAACUACUAGAAAUGAUCCUAAUCCUUUUAGUUAUGGGGAUCUUACAGCUAAUUUGAUUGGGUUUUUCUUUGCAGGAUCAGAUACUUCAUCAAGGACAAUACAAUUUACUCUAUAUUACUUAGCACAGGAAAGUGACAUUCAGGAUAGAGCGAGGAAGGAGAUUCAUACAGUUUUAAACAGACAUGGGGGCAAAUUGACUUAUGAUGCGCUUAACGAAAUGACAUAUGUAAAUCAAAUUAUAGAUGAGGCUUUAAGACUAUUUCCACCACUCAUGACCUUAAGUAGAAUAUGCAAUCAAGAUUACACCUUCAAAGGUACAAAUUUCACACUGGAAAAGGGAACUCCUGUGGUUAUAUCCAUAAUUGGUUUACACCACGAUCCAGAUUUGUUUCCUGAUCCAGAAAAAUUCGAUCCUGAAAGAUUUAGCCCAGAAAACAAGCACAAAGUUGUGCCUUACAGUUACAUGCCGUUUGGUGAUGGGCCUAGGAUAUGUAUAGGUCGUCGAUUUGGUCUUAUGCAGGCUGGUAUUGGAUUGGUACGAAUAUUAAAAGAUUUCAAAGUUGACAUCAGUUCAAAAACAAAACUCCCUUUGGUUAUCAAGCCGGGAGGGAUAUUUAUAGAAACUACAGAACCAUUGUACUUAAAAUUAACAAAAUUAUAAAAGAAAUAAAACAUUUUUAAUGUAUAGAUAUAAAAAUAUGGUAUUGUAUAUUUUAUUAAUUAAAUCCAAUAAAUUGAACGCUUUUUUAAUAAA